GCAGACGGAGGAGGGAAUUUCUUAAACUGCCCGGAUGGCUCGUUGCCGUCACCGGCGAGGAGGCGGGGUGCUGAUGGUGAGACGGUCCACAGAGGAGCCGGGCAUGUCCUAACACAUCCAGGCAGAGCAGACCAGCCUACCUACCUACCUACCUCCGCGUUUACAAAUUAAAGCUAAGCUUCCGCUUUUUGCUUUCCUUGUCGAGGUAGUUAUCACUCCAUGACUCAGCUGUAACGCCACGCGGUAUCCAGCGGGAGCUUUUCACCGUUUGAUGGACUCAUCUGGAGAACAUAGGCGGACAGACUGCGUUUGGCUCCCAUGGUGAACAUGUCUCUAUCCGUCAAAGUGAUGAGGGACGGGCAGCUGGAGAAGCGCAGCAGCGGCCUUCUCCAGCUGUGGAAGAAGAAGCGCUGCGUGCUGACGGAGGAAGGACUGCGCCUGCACAGCUGCAGAGGCGGCGGCGGGGGAGGAGGAGGUCCCGCUCCGGAGUCAGGAUGGAGCUCCAAAGCUAAGGAGCUCCGCUUCGAGCUCAUGACCACGGUGGACUGUGUGGAGUACAAGCGAGGGAUGGUGUACUUCACGGUGGUCAUGACUACGGGCAAGGAAAUUGACUUUCGCUGUCCACAGGAUGGCACGGCAUGGAACGCCGAGAUUGCGUUGGCACUGGUGCGCUAUAAGAACCUGCAAGCGGUGCAGACCGGGAGAAACCGGCACAUGUACGCCGAACCUCUGGGCAGCACCGGGGAGGACGAAGAGCUCUGAUUAGACGGAGAAGUCAUCUGAUCCAGUCAAGAUCCUGAUUCUGGAUUUGCAAAGCACCAUGGGACAUAUGUCAAAAAGCUGUUCGCUUUUAAAAAUGGAUUUUGCACAACUUGUCAUUCAUGAUCAAUCACAUGAAGAGCAGACGUCUGGUGUGUUUUUAUUUGUCAGUCAUGACUAGAGAGACUGAGAUCAUCAGCAAAGAGAUAUCUGUUAAAAUAAAAGCAAAACCAAGUGUGUAGAUUUUUUUUUGACUGAAACUAUGCAAUUUGAAAAUAUUUUAUCUAAGUGUGUGCCUUAAUAUUUACAAGUAUCAUCUAAUUACAUGAAUUUAAAAUACUUUUGAGUUAAGGGAAAGGUGGUGUUUUAAUUGAAAAGUGUUAUUGCAGACUGGAUGAUUAAUAUGUUUAACCUAAAAAAUAAGGAAUCUGUUACAAACUCUUCUGCUUUGUAUAUUUUUUUUUGUUUAAUUAUGUACAGUAUUAGAAUUCAGAUUUUUUAAAGUAUUAUUAAAAUGUUUUCUUGAGAGGU